AGCACUUACUAUCAUGUUUCACAUAGCAUUUCCCUCAUGUUUCCGCUACCUACAGCCGUUUCAAAGAUUUGAGAAAACAACCCUGGUCUGCCUCACUCUCUCCACUUUUUUGUCCCACUUUGCCAUCUUUCCUCUUGGCUUCGUGCCGUACAGUCGUUUCCUGUUUACACUCGUCACUCUGUUUCAGAGUUAGGCAUUUUGCCCAUCCGUCAUGACUUCUCCCAAGAAGGAUGAGAAGUCUCGCCUGGAUUCAGUGGAGCAAAACAUGUCAUCCAUGCAACAGGGAAUGUCUACAAUGCAGCAUGAAUUGACUGGCAUCUCAGCCCUGCUACAUAAUCUCCUGGGCAACCAGGAUGUAAUCAUCGAGGGUCAUGAAGAGGUGCCCAUAGUGGAUGAUGUGGCACACCAAGAAAGCAAUGCACAGGAUCAAGAUGGCCAGGACCUUGAACUCCUUGAGCAGGUCGGCGCUCCCCCUCUCCAGGAGCAUGCAGAGCCACCUGUUGAUGACGAAUCACCAGCUGACCCACGAGAGCAACCAGGGACUGCAUUUUUGCUCCCCCAGCCGGAGGAUUCCUCCACCUCUUACCCUGCAGAGGUGGCGGACUUCAUCUCUCGGUCGUGGACUCUGGAGGGCAGGUCGGAGAGGUCUAAGAGGCCAAAAGGCACGCCUACACUUAAAUUGCCCUGCCUCCAGACCCCAAUCCUGGACCGUGAGAUUCAAACAUUCGGGGCCGGUCGCUGCUUUCCUGUCAACAUUUCACGGGACAGGAAGCUGCAGCAUAUACAAGAGGCCUUCACAGAGGCCCUGGAACCCCUAGCCAUGCUCCUCACGGCCACUGUUGAUGGACCCCCCUCAAAGGCCACAGUGGCAGCGGCAGUGGCAAGGGCUACCGCGUUAGUGGCACACGCCAAUGCUCUGAUGACCCGCGAAAGGCGGGAGUGGGCCCUGACCACAUUCCCGGACUCGAUGAAGAGCCUUAUUCCAGGACUCCCGGAGCCAGCGGGGGAGGACACCGGCCGCUUGUUCGGCCGGCAGUUCCUAACCCUUUUACAGGAGAAUGCGCAGUUGCUACGCUCACUAGACACCGCAGUGGAGGCGGGUCUGCAGAGGCCAGCAGGUGACACUCUCCCGAUGACAUCCAAGCGCCUGAGGCUACCAUUCAGAAGCCAGCUGUCCCGACAGCCCUUUCCGUAUGCCCCCCCCUCGCAUACAAGCUUCAGAGGGCGGGGGUAUGCUCGUCGCGCCAACGGUAAGUUCCUCAACACUACCUUCCUCCCAAAUCAAAACUGCGGGCAGAAUAGCACAGUGUCUUCCGGAAUGGUUAAAGUUGUCUCAGGACCCUUGGAUCCUCCAAGUAGUUCAGGGUUACCGUUUAGACCUUCUUGGAGUCCCCCACCAGCCCUCUCGUCCCCCAGCUCCAGCUAUGUCCCUUGCUCAAUCACACCUGGUCGAAGAGGAGGUAUCCGCGCUCAUUGCAAAAGGGGCUAUAUCAGCAAUUCCAUGCAAGGAGGCCACAUUUGUAUCUCCCCUGUUUCUUGUCCCCAAGAAAGACGGAGGGGUUCGUCCGGUCCUCAACCUCCGCCACCUGAACCACUUCAUAAGGUACGAGCACUUCAAAAUGGAAGGCUGGCACACAGUGAGAUCCUUAAUCUUGCCGAACGACUUCAUGACACGGAUAGAUCUAAAGGAUGCCUACUUGUCGGUCCCAAUCCACGUCAAGCACAGGAACCUUCUUUGCUUCCACUGGCGAAUGUGCAUGUAUCAAUGGAACGUCCUCCCAUUUGGCCUCUCCUCAGCGCCAAGGGUAUUCACGAAACUCCUCAAACCAUUCGUGGCCUUCUUUCGAUCCCAAGGAGCAAGGCUAGUGAUUUAUCUCGACGAUAUUUUGCUCUUUCACCAAACCGCGUCAGACCUUCUAGCAUUAACCACGGAAGUGGUGGCAAUGUUGUCCUCCCUCGGAUUUCUGGUGAACAUGACAAAAUCGCAAACAGUACCGUGUCAGUCACUCCAAUUCCUCGGAUUCGUUCUAGACACAUGUUCCAUGCAGAUAUCCCUUCCUCUGGAAAAGAGGAAUUUGCUGUUGGAUGCCAUACAGGAACUCCUACAGAAGAAAGUGGCGUCCGCCAGACAACUGUCUCGAGUAAUAGGGAAGCUCAAUGCAACGGUCCUAGCAGUUUUUCCAGCUCCAUUGUACUACAGGGCCCUCCAACGCCUCAGGAACUCCACUCUUUUGCACGGAUCCUGGGACUCUCAGGUUCAUCUAUCCAAGGUUGCCCUGGAGGAGCUCACCUGGUGGGUGACAAAUAUCCACUGUUGUCUGGGUCGCUCCUUGCUAGAGGACCAGAUUGUUCGAGUAAUUCAGUCGGACAGCUCCCUAUCUCGGUGGGGAGCAGUUUGUGGGGAGGAAACAAUUGGAAAUCUGUGGGGCCCCCUGGAGGGCAGCAUGCAUAUCAACGAUCUCGAGCUGAAAGCAGCCUUUCUUGCCCUUCAAGCUUUUACCAAGGACCUCAAACAGGGCUGUGUCCUACUUCAGAUGGACAAUACGGCGGCGAUAGCAGCAAUCAACAAGCUCGGCAGUGCGCGAUCUAUAACACUUUCAACCACAGCUCGCGACCUCUGGUCUUGGUGCUUCCAACAGGGGAUUUCAGUCAGGGCAGAGCACAUUCCAGGCAGGCUGAAUACCCAUGCAGAUUGGGCAUCUCGUCACCUCCUCGACAGCAGCAGUUGGCAGCUGCUUCCUCUGGUCUUUGCACAAAUCAAACACCUCUGGGGCCCAUUUGGAGUGGACCUGUUUGCCGACCACACAAAUUACCAACUGCCAAUUUUUUACAGCUGGAAGCCAGACCCACUGUCGAGUGGAGUGGACGCCUUUACAAAGGACUGGAGCGGGAUGUCCAAGUACGCAUUCCCACCUUUUGCCCUGAUAGGGCGCUGCCUUCAGAAACUCCAAUCCUCUCGACUGAUCCUGUGCUUGAUCACCCCAGUUUGGCCAACACAGCCCUGGUACCCGUCCCUCCUCCAUUUAGCAGUCGACUUCCCACGACUCCUCCCCCACUCUCCCAACCUGCUACUGAACAGAGCAAACGCUGGACACCCCUUAAUUUUGAGAGAUGGUCUUCGGUUAGCAGCUUGGAGGGUAUCCAGCGACCCCUCCCACCAAGUCAAUUUUCUCAGUCAGCUGCCGCUCUCCUCUCAGCAGCCUGGCGACCAAACACCAAAGCGGUCUAUACGGCAUGUUGGAAAAGGUGGUCUAGCUGGUGUGGUAGGCAGCAGAUUAAUCCACUUUCUCCCUCUCUAACCGAAUUUGUCAACUUCUUAGCAUCUCUCCAUGAUGAAGGCCUCUCGUAUAGAACCAUUGGAUGCUACCGUUCAGCUAUCUCUCAGUCAGUCAACUCGGUUGAUGGUCAGGACUUAGGGACACACCGUGUAGUUUCAAAACUACUAAAGGGUAUCUUCAACACUUCACCUCCACAGACCAGGUAUGCUGAACUCUGGCCAGUAUCACAGGUCACGGUCUACUUGCGGUCUUUGGGUAACAACUCUGACCUGGCUCUAACCAUGUUGUCUUAUAAGCUGUGCAUGCUCUUGGCCUUGUCCACUGCAGGUAGAUCAGCAGACCUAGCCCUGCUGUCGACUCAAAUUCUGUCUAAAUCGCAAGGCGGUUGGACCUUGGCCCUAAUGGGGGUCAGGAAGACCUCACGACCAGGUCACCAUUGUGGCUCUAUGCUCGUCCCUUCUCUGCCUCCAGAGGAACUUCUGUGUCCAGUAUCUUGCCUUCAAAGAUACUUGAAUUUGACAAAACCACUCAGAGGCACAACACCCCAGCUCUUAAUUUCCACACGUAAACCUCACAGAGCAGCCUCUAGGGACACAAUUGCUCAAUGGUUGAAGCGAGUUCUUAAAGCAGCAGGUAUAGACACACGACACUUCUCUGCCCAUUCCACACGUGGUGCCUCGACUUCUACAGCCAUGCAGAAGGGUGUAUCGAUUGCUGAGAUUUUGAAUGCAGCAGACUGGUCAUCUGAAUCUACCUUUCGGCGCUUCUAUCACAGGUCGUGCACGACCACAAACUUUGCCUCUCAAGUGCUGAGCUAAGCGUUGAACAUGCUAUGUGAAACAUGAUAGUAAGUGCUGGAGGAUACUGAUAUAUAAUUACCAGUUUUAACGAAUGGUACUUACCUGAAGUUGAAGCUGGAAUUAUAUGAAGUAUCCGGAAGCACUUACUAUCAUGGGGAACACUCCCACCCUUCACCCGGCCCUUAGUGUCAUUAAUGUUUUGGCAUUCAU